AUGAAUGAAGAACUUAAAAAUAUUGAUUCGUGGAGAGGCUCCGUUACCGGAGCAACUCUGAGAAUGAAUAAUCCAAAAAUAAACGAAAAUACUAUUUCCUUUUUUAGAACAGGAACAUUUAACCUAUUGAUUGUUCAAAUAAUUAUGAUUUCAAUAAUGUGCAUAUUCAUAUUCAUUGGUGUUUCUUUGCAUGUAGUUAAACUUAAGAAAAUACAUGCAGACGAAUAUAUGUCACAUUUCAACUUAGAUAUCAAUACGAGCAAUAUUCUAAUGGAAAAUUUGAAGUCAAUAGAGAGAUCUAUGGGCCAAAUGUCAUUUUUUAAGGUACUGAAAAGUAACUUAGAUUUAUCAAUACCGAACAAAAAUAGUAAAGACGGUAAUAUUAUUUUUUGUGGUGGCAUUCACAAACGCGGUACGAAUUGGUCUGAAGAAGUAAUGAAUGCUACAAAAAAGACUAUUGAAAUAGCACUAGGCAAUGGAGUACUGAUCGAAUUUAAAAGAGGUCUGGUAUUUGCAAUAAAUGCAGUUGAUAUUGAAACUAAUAAUAUUGGUAUUAACCAAGAUCAUCUUACCCAACCGAAUAAUAGCUCAAUGUUAUUCAAAUUAUUCUUGGAAUCUAGUGGGUAUGUAUCUCCUUGUUACAUGUUUGGAAAAAGAUUAUAUUCUUAUAUUUUGGGAAAGAAUUCUGGAUUUCUAGGAUAUUUGAUGGUCACACUACCCUGGUUCUUCUCAAUCUUAUCUCCUCAACCCAUGUUAUUGGUGCAUUUUCCAAGGCUUAUAAUUUACAUUUUAAUCGCAAUGCAUAGAGUUGUAUUUCUACAUAUGAUUAUUAAUGUUGCAGAGAAAAAAUUAUUCUCUUUUGAUUUCUCAGACCAUAUUGUACUGUAUGCAAUGUACAUAUUAAUUAUUUCCAUUGAAUGGUGUGCAGCAGGCUAUAAUAUUAAAAAUAAACUUGUUGUUUCUUGUAUUAGAGGGUACUGCUUAUCAUUAUUAGCAGUAAUUUCAUAUAGUAGUUUUUUCACCGCACUAUAUUUUCACUUCCCUCUUGAAACGCUUGCUGGAUUCAUCAUUGCAUUCUUUGGACUUUUUGGAGUUUUCUGGAUUCUUAUUUUUUUGGACUAUAUCGAUUUAUCUAAAAUAGGGCUUAACAAAUAG